UGAGGAGUGACGAUAAAUGACAAAAGAUUAUCAAUUGCCUUCGGUAAAAAAAAAUCUUUGGUGUCCAUAAAACCAGUCACUUGACGUAAACUAGUGAUUUUCAUUAUACACAAACGGUAUACCAUUAUGCCUUUUCUCGAGAAUCUGAUGGAACGUCUCAACCUACAGGAAAAGCGUAACACUUACGCUUCCAUAGCAGCUGGUAUACUAUUUGCAUCUGGAUGGUGGAUGAUUUUUGAUGUUGCUGCACGGUACCCAUCCAUGGAAGUUUUCCACCAUGCCUAUCAUGUUUGUGGAGUUGUGGGCACCAUUUCUAUGAUCAUGAUUAACAUGGUGAGCAAUGGCGCAAUUCGAGGAGAUAGUUAUUCUGAAGAAGGAUGCCUAGGUUCCCGUGGUGCCCGUGGUUGGUUCUUCCUGGGGCUUGUCCUGGGUUUCACUGCCCUCAUAGCAUCCUCUUGGAUUCUAUUCCAAGCCUAUAUUAUCCCUGCAAACACUCCACAGUGGCCUGGAGUCGGACUCUUCACACAAAAUCUUUGCAUAUUUUUAUCGUCUCUCAUGUUCCGAUUCGGCAGAUCCGAAGAGCUUUGGUCGUCUUAAAGUGCAGACUUUGAAAUAUUCACAGCAAAUAGGCUGAUGAAAACUAUUUUAAUGUGCAUUCAUAACGUCUAUAUUGAAGCACGCGAUAAGAACCUUUUUCGUUUUCACUCACAUUUUCUUCUAUUCAUUUCCAUUUGCAUUAUUACCAAUCGGUGUGUGAUACUCUCAAUACAGAAAAGCGUACACUAAGA